AGAGGCGAUGUUCACCUUUCCCAACAAAGUCAGAGAGACCGCCAACUUUCUUCUGGUUUGUGAGAAAAAACAAUUUCUCUCGUGGAAAAUGGUUGACAUGGUUCCUGUCGUAGACAAUAGCAAUGAAAGAGUAGUCUUAGUGGAAUACAGAGAAUCACUACAAAUCAUCAAGUUAUCUAGACCAGCUUCCAAAAAUGCGUUUAAUGACAAAAUGUACGAACAGUGUAUCCAGGCGUUGGAACAGGCAGCUUCCAAUCCUGCUGUUCUGGCCGUAGUCUUCACAGGUGAAGGAGACUUUUUCUCGAGUGGUGCCGAUGUGAAACAGCGCAAUGACAAGCACUUGUUUCAAAUGGAAACUACCGUAGUUGGUAGAUUUAUGAAACUGCUAGCUGGGUUUCCAAAGUUGGUGAUUGCUGCAGUGAAUGGACCUGCAGUUGGAAUUGGAGUUACUUUACUUCUUCAAGCUGAUAUAGUUUACUGUACCAGGAAAUCUUGGUUUUGGACACCGUUCUCAUUCCUAGGUUUGGCACCUGAAUAUGCUAGCAGUGUUAUGUUGCCAGAUAUUGUAGGCAUAUAUAAAGCCAAUGAAAUGUUAAUAUUAGGAAAGCGAGUGAGUGCUGAAGAGGCACUGCAAUUUCACUUGGUUGCACAAAUAUUUGAUAGUCGUUCUAAUGAGGACACAAAUUGCUGUACCAGAAAAGGGCAUUCCCUUGUUUAAACAACUGAUCAAGUCACCAAGACUUGCAUCCAUUGAGAAUGCUAUGAAACGAGAAUUUGC